AUGGUGUCCCAAAAAUCAAGCAGCUGGACGGCCCUAUUCACAUUCCUUACCUUUGCCGACUUCCUAAUACUAACCCUGGCACAAGCCCCUACCUCAAAUACAACCACAACCACCACCACCGCUGUCCCCUACUCUGCCUUCUUCGACUCAGAAGUCUAUCCCGACGGCGCCGGCGUGGACUUAACCAAAGGCCUAAACAACCCCACCGUCGUCGCCGUCAACGUCCCAGAAGGCCCAGACCAACAAGACCUAUUCUUCCACUUCUCAGCACCUGCAGAAAGACACUCAUGGGUCGGCUUCGGGCUCGGUGACCGCAUGGCCGGAUCGCUUAUGUUCAUCAUCUAUCGAUCUGAGAAUAGUACGAGGAAUGUCACGGUUUCUCCGAGGAUUGGUUCGGGGCAUAGUCCGCCGAAAUUCACGGCGGAUGUUGGCGUGAAUGCCCUUGAGCUCAGUGGGGUUGAUGAGAAGAAUCGCUUUGUGGUGAAUAUGCAGUGUACGAAUUGUCGACAGUGGGAUGGAGGGAGUGUCAAGAUCACGAAUGGGACGAAGGUCGCUCAGCCCGUGUUUUAUGCUCUGGGACCGGAUGUUGAGCUAGAGUCAGAUGACGAGAGUGCUGCGGUCAGACAGCAUGAACGUGAGCCGGAAAUGUUGGAUCUCUUUCUUGUUCCUGGUGCAGCUGGUGUGCCGAUCAUUGAGGAUGAUCCAUCAGAGCCUCGGAGAGUAAGCGGAGGAGCUGGUGGGACUCAUGAGAGCCCUGGAAGCGGAGGCAAGAGUCCUAUGGUAUCGCUGGCUUUGCACGCCUUCUUCAUGUGCUUUGCCUUCUCACUCAUCUUCCCAGGUGGCUAUAUGCUGCUUCGGGUAUUUGAGAAGAGCUUCGGUCAUCCCCAUCAGAUCCUCGGAUUUGUCGUUGUGUUCUUAGUCCUUGCAGCCUGGACGUUAGGUUUGGUGGGACACAGACUGUACAUGAAGACGCAAACGCCUUCGCCAUUGAUAAAAGUGCAUCGAGUUGUUGGCCCGCUAGCCAUUCUGCUAGGUUUCGCCAAUGCCUGUGUUGGUUUUGCCUGGGCAGGCAUGACUAGGACGAUUGUGGUGUAUGCCAUCUUCAACCUCCUUGUCGCCACGGUUGUCGGAAGCUUGGUGUUCUGGAAGAAGAGGCGAGCAGUAAGGAAGGCUGCAACGAACAGCCAUGCUGCCUCCAACUUUCGGGAAGGUGCUCAGGCUAACUUCGAACAUGGACCAGCUGUGUAUGUUGGUGGCCCACCUCCAGGAUACAAUGGUCAGAUGGACGUGCCGAUGCACAGUAUUCGUCCCAACAAGUAG